ACACAUGAGAAUAUAUGCCUCAAGUUCUAGGGCAGAGGGAGAGUUAAGAACAAGGUGUGCUUUGUGCUUGGAAGAGAAGAGUGAGUGAGAGAACAAGGAAAGAAGAGAGAGAAAAGGAGUUCUUGUGUUUGUGGAGUCGUUAAUGGCCAUUUGGUCGAAGAAUUGAAGCGUUGGUGGGUUUUGAUCGUAUCUGGCUUUUGGGCUUUGUUUGGUUGCUACAACUAAGUUCGUUGGUUUUCUGGGCAACUUUGCCUUGCUCUGCGUCUUUAAAUCUCUCCUUUUUUUUUUUUUUUACAGAGAGAGAGUGUGUGUGUGUGUGCGAGAGAGAGAGAGAGAGAGAGAGAGAGAGAGAGCUCUUCUGGUGCGGUCUUCUUGCAAUUUCUUUUUGUUAAGUGCCUUGAGUUAAAGCACUUAUAGAUCAAGAGAAACAGAGAGAAAUGGAGUGGCCCGCUUGUUUGGAUGAAUAUGAGAAGCUUGUUAUAAGGAUGAACACUCCCAGAGUCGUGAUUGACAAUGGCGUUUGCCCCACCGCGACACUGGUCAAGGUUGACAGUGCGAGAAGGCAUGGCAUCUUGUUAGAGGCUGUUCAGGUUCUCACAGAUCUGAAUCUUUCAAUUAAGAAGGCUUACAUUUCUUCUGAUGGAAGGUGGUUCAUGGAUGUGUUUCAUGUGACUGAUCUGAAUGGAAACAAAUUGACUGAUGAGAGCGUUAUUAGCUAUAUUGAGCAGUCUUUAGAAACGAUUCAUUGUGUCAGAACCAACGGGAUUAAGGAUUUAACAGCAUUAGAGUUGACUGGACCAGACCGUGUUGGUUUGCUAUCUGAAGUCUUCGCAGUUCUAGCUGACCUGCAAUGUAGUGUCGUAGAGGCUAAAGUAUGGACUCAUAAUGGUAGAAUUGCAGCCUUGAUCUACGUUAAAGACUGCGAAUCUGGGUCCCCAAUAGAGGAUUCGCAACAAAUAAACAGAAUUGAGGAACGAUUAAGGAGCGUAUUGAAGGGAGACAAUGACAUUCGAAGCGCCAAGACUUUGGUUUCAAUGGCUGUAACUCACAUGGACAGAAGGCUGCAUCAGAUAAUGUUUGCGGAUAGGGAUUACGAGAGGAAAUCUGUCUUGCAGCUUAAGGCUGCUGAGACUCCUGUGGUUGUCACGGUGCAAAAUUGGGUCGAAAGAGGCUAUUCCGUCGUGAAUGUUCAGUGCAAGGAUAGACCCAAUUUGUUGUUCGAUGUCGUUUGCACCUUGACAGAUAUGCAGUAUGUAGUGUUUCAUGCCACCGUCAACACUGCUUCAAACAGGGCUUAUCUGGAAUUCUAUAUUAAGCAUACGGAUGGAACCCCCAUUAGUUCAGAGCCUGAAAGGCAACGUGUGAUCCAAUGCUUACAAGCUGCUGUUGAAAGAAGAGCAUCCGAGGGCGUGAGGCUUGAAUUACACACGGCUGAUAAGCAAGGUCUAUUAGCACAAGUGACCAGAACUUUUAGAGAAAAUGGUCUUAAUGUGACAAGGGCUGAGAUAUCAACGACAAGGGAGAUGGCAUCGAAUGUGUUCUACGUAACGGAUUCAAAGGGGAACCGGGCAGAUUCUAAGAUAAUCGAAUCAGUUAGGGAAAAGAUAGGAAUGAGUAUUUUGAAAGUGAAGGAAUUGCCAUUGAUAUACCAUGAAAAGGGAGAAAGGGAAGAGCAAACAGCAGGAGUUGGUGGGGCAGUGUUGUUUUCAAUUGGGAGCCUAGUGAGAAGGAACCUCUACAAUCUGGGACUCAUCAAAUCAUAUUCUUGAAAAAGGCAAAAGUGGGAUUGUUUGUUUGCUUGAGGAUUGGGAUUUGGUUGUUGUACAUAAAUAUUAAAGAGAGAAGAGUUUGGUUGAUGGUAGUUGUUUUAGUUGAGUUGGGUGAAUAGAUAGGCAUUAGAAAUUUGGGGGCCACCACAACAAUUAUUCUUAUUAUAUAUAUAUAUAUAUAAAUGUAUGUACAUGUAUAUCUACCUUUGUUUGAAUGAAGAAUUUAGGGG